AUGGCCGAGCGCGGCCCCGCCGGGAGCCUCCGCGCCCCGGCCUCCUGCCCGCUGUGCCUCGGCCUCUUCCAGGAGCCCGUGUCCAUCCACCGCGGCCACAGCAUCGAGCGCUGCUGGCGGAGCUCCCGGGACGGCUUCCCGUGCCCGCGGUGCCGGGAGGCGGCCCCGGAGCGCAGCCUGAGACCCAGCGCGGAGCUGGCCGCCGUCAUCCGCGUGGCGCAGCGGCUGAGCCUCCGCGGAGCCGCGGAGCCGCCGUGCCGGAGGCACGGCCGGGCUCUGGAGCUGUUCUGCGAGGAGGAGCGGAGCCCCGUGCCCCGGAGCUCCCCGCGGCACCGGCGCCACGCCGCCGUGCCCAUCGAGGAGGCGGCGCGGGAGCGCAAGGAGAAACUCCAGGCUCAGGCGCAGAUCCUCAGGGAAAGGAGGGAAAAGGUGCUGGGGAUGAAGGCGGCGGAGGAAGGGAAAAGCUUGGACUUGCUGGAGCGGGUGGCGGCGGAGCGGCAGCGGCUGCGCUCGGGGGUGCGGGAGCUGCGGGAGCUGCUGGCGGGGCGGGAGCGGCUCCUCCUGGCCCGGCUGGCCGAGCUGGAGCGGGACAUCGCGGGGAGGAGGCGGGAGAGCCUCCGCAGCCUCUCGGGGCAGAUCUCCGCCCUGGAACAGCAGAUCCGCGAGCUGGAGGAGAAGUGCGGGCAGCCGCCCUGGGAGCUCCUGCAGGACAGCAGCGACACCCUCAGCAGGCUGGAGGAGCAGAGCGCUCCCGAGCCCCAGGAGACGCCACCAGAGCGGGCAGAGGAACCCACGGGGCUGCCGCAGGAAAAAUUCACCCUCAAAGAGAUGCUGAAGGAGUUCCAAGUCAGCCUGACGCUGGAUCCCGACACGGCGCACCCGCGGCUCGCCGUGUCCGAGGACGGCAAGCGCGUCCGCUGGGAAGACGCCCGCAGACGCGUCCCCGACCACCCCAAACGCUUCGACUCCUCGCGCUGCGUGCUGGGCCUCCAGGGUUUCACCUCCGGCCGCCAUUACUGGGAGGUGCGGGUAGGCCGCGGCGCCGCGUGGGCCGUCGGCGUGGCCAGGGAGUCCGUGGCCAGGAAAGGCCGCGUCAGCAUCAAGCCCGAGCUGGGCAUGUGGGCCGUGGGGCGCUGCGGGAGCCGGUGCCAGGCCCUGGCGUCGCCCAGCGUGCCCAUCGCCCUGCCCCGAGCCCCCGAGGUGGUCGGGGUCUACCUGGACUACGAGGGCGGGCGAGUGGCGUUCGUGGACGCGCGCGGCCCGGCGCCGAUGUUCGCGUACCCCGCCGCCGGCUUUGGGGGGGAGAGGGUCCUGCCCCUGCUGUGCCUGGGGAGGGGGUGCCGCUUCAGGCUGUGCCCCUGA